GUCACUAAAAAUCCCCCGUGAACCAAGACUGGGAGAAUUUGACAAGAUCAUCAAGCGCUUGUUGGAAACUCCUAAUGCUCGAGCAGUGAUCAUGUUUGCAAACGAGGAUGAUAUUAGGCGAAUAUUAGAAGCAGCCAAAAAAACUAAUCAAACUGGACAUUUUCUUUGGAUCGGCUCAGAUAGUUGGGGGUCAAAAAUUUCACCUGUUUACCAACAGGAAGAGAUUGCAGAAGGAGCAGUCACCAUUCUGCCCAAAAGAGCUUCUAUCGAUGGAUUUGAUAGAUAUUUUCGGAGCCGUACCCUUGCUAAUAAUCGAAGAAAUGUGUGGUUUGCAGAAUUUUGGGAAGAGAAUUUUGGAUGCAAGUUAGGAUCACAUGGAAAAAGAAACAGCAAUAUCAAGAAAUGCACAGGCUUAGAAAGAAUUGCAAGAGAUUCAACCUAUGAGCAAGAAGGAAAGGUCCAGUUUGUAAUUGAUGCUGUAUAUUCCAUGGCCUAUGCACUACAUAGCAUGCAUAAAGAGCUCUGUCCUGGAUAUAUUGGUCUGUGUCCAAGGAUGAGCACGAUUGAUGGUAAAGAGCUACUUAGUUAUAUCCGGGCUGUAAACUUUAACGGGAGUGCUGGAACGCCGGUUACUUUCAAUGAAAAUGGAGAUGCACCUGGGCGCUAUGAUAUAUUUCAGUAUCAAAUGACCAACAAAAGUGCAGAAUACAAAGUAAUCGGUCACUGGACAAAUCAACUUCAUUUAACUGUAGAAGACAUGCAGUGGGCUAGCAGAGAUCAUACUCAUCCAGCAUCUGUUUGCAGCCUGCCUUGUAAACCUGGUGAAAGAAAGAAAACAGUAAAGGGAGUGCCUUGCUGUUGGCACUGUGAACGCUGUGAAGGGUACCAUUACCAAGUGGAUGAGCUCACCUGUGAACUGUGCCCAUUUAAUAAGCGACCAAAUGCCAACCGCACAGAUUGCCAGCUUAUUCCAAUAAUCAAACUGGAAUGGCAUUCUCCCUGGGCCAUCGUGCCUGUGUUCAUAGCUAUUCUAGGAAUUAUUGCAACCACCUUUGUCAUCGUGACAUUUGUCCGCUACAAUGACACACCCAUCGUCAGGGCAUCUGGCCGUGAACUCAGCUACGUGCUAUUGACUGGGAUUUUUCUCUGUUACUCUAUCACUUUUUUAAUGAUUGCCGCUCCAGACACAGUGAUCUGCUCAUUUCGACGGCUCUUUUUAGGACUCGGCAUGUGCUUCAGUUACUCUGCCUUGCUCACAAAAACUAAUAGAAUCCACAGAAUAUUUGAGCAAGGUAAAAAAUCUGUCACAGCUCCAAAGUUUAUUAGCCCAGCUUCCCAGUUGGUGAUCACUUUCAGCCUCAUAUCCAUGCAACUUCUUGGAGUCUUCAUCUGGUUUGCUGUUGAUCCACCACAUAUCGUAAUAGACUAUGGAGAGCAGAGGACACUUGAUCCGGAAAAUGCCAGGGGAGUUCUCAAAUGUGACAUUUCUGAUCUUUCUCUCAUCUGUUCCCUUGGUUACAGUAUUCUCUUGAUGGUCACAUGCACUGUGUAUGCUAUUAAAACAAGAGGGGUUCCAGAGACCUUCAAUGAAGCAAAACCCAUUGGAUUUACUAUGUACACCACCUGCAUAAUUUGGUUAGCUUUUAUUCCCAUCUUUUUUGGUACUGCGCAGUCCACAGAGAAGAUGUACAUCCAGACAACAACACUUACUGUCUCCAUGAGUUUAAGUGCUUCAGUAUCUCUGGGCAUGCUCUACAUGCCCAAGGUUUAUAUUAUCAUUUUUCAUCCAGAGCAGAAUGUUCAAAAACGGAAGAGGAGCUUCAAGGCUGUUGUGACAGCUGCUACAAUGCAAAGCAAACUGAUCCAAAAAGGGAAUGACAGACCAAAUGGCGAGGUCAAAACUGAACUAUGUGAAAGUCUUGACACCAACACUUCCUCUACCAAGACAACAUAUGUCAGCUACAGCAAUCAUGCAAACUGAGCAGGGAAAUGAAACACACCUGAAUUAUGUGAAAAUUAAAAAAAAAUGAAUUUACUAUCACCAAAACCUCGGUCUUGGAAAGAGCUGUCGACUCCAAUUGACUCAACAGUCAGUCUCUUAAUGGACAAAGAUUAACCACAAGCCAAAAGCAGCAGGGGUGGGGAAGGGAAAAGCUCAGUUUUAUACAAUUCAGACCGAAUGUCAAACUUCUGAACUGUUUACUCACAAAAGGAAGUAAAUCACAAAAGGAAAACAAAUGUUAGCUUGUGAAAAAAAAUGCUGUUGAAAUAAACCAUGUCUGAUGUUAUACUUGUAAGUACUUUUUUGUGAUUGUGAGAAUUUCCAUUCCUGUCCCACAUUGUUCAACUUGUAUAAGAAGAUGAGUUUGUUUCUUGUCAUGACUGACUGAAUCGAAGCCGUGGGUUGUGCUAAAAUAAA